AUGACGUCCGUCGAACGUGUAAUGACUUAUACAAAUAUUGAAUCUGAGCCCGGCUACAGUACGGGGGACCGUCCCCCAGAGUCCUGGCCCAAUGAAGGAAGCUUAACCAUAGAAGAUCUUUCUUUGGUUUACUUCAACGGCGGACCUCGCGUCUUGAGGGACAUCAACGUUCAUGUUUCUAGUAAGGAGAAGGUGGGAGUUGUUGGUCGCACCGGUGCUGGAAAGUCAUCUCUGGUAUCCGCUCUGUUUCGUAUGCCAGAUCCACUGGGAAAGGUGUUAAUCGAUGGUAUGGACGUUGGAUCCAUCAAUCUCCAAGACGCCCGCAGGUGCAUGGCUGUUAUAACCCAGGAUCCGGUGCUAUUUGGGGGUACCUUAAAAAGGAACAUAGAUCCUUUCUCAGAGUAUUCGGAUCAAGACCUUUGGACCGCUCUGGAGGAAGUGCAGCUGAGGACGCUAGUUGAGGAUCUCCCAGGACAGCUCGAGUUCAAGCUGAAAGAGUGUGGAACAAACUUAAGCGUUGGUGAGAGGCAGUUGGUGUGCUUGGCUCGUGCAUUGGUCCAGAAGAGCAAGAUCAUUAUCAUGGAUGAAGCCACCGCUAAUGUGGAUUUCAAGACUGACCGUCUGAUUCAAGAAGUCAUUCGUGACAAGUUUAAGGAUUCCACAGUCAUUACUAUUGCUCAUCGACUGAACACCAUUCUGGAUUACGACAAGGUGCUGGUUCUCGAUGGUGGACAAGUGGUGGAGUUUGACAAACCUGAAGUGUUGAUAAGAAAGGGUGGACUAUUUGCUGAGAUGAUCAGAAGUCAGACACAAAGAGGGAAGGACUGAAAAUGACUGCUUAGUAACCCAAUGCGUACCUAUCAAACCGCUCCUAAAUCAAUAAUGCAGACUGUUAUAGAUAACUAAACUAGAAAGGCAAAGGGGGUGUAGGGAGUCAAAACUGAAUCGAAAAAAUAUAAACGUAUGUAAGUAUAAAGAUGAUAAACCGAGAUUUUUGGUGUGGCCGAAGUUUUCUUCCAGUGUUGACAGGCAAGGCUAAUAUGCACUUUUUACCAGGCCAAUCAAACCUUGGGGAACGAUAUCAGCUGCAAACGUUUACUUCAUAGACUUAGUGUGUCGAAUUCAGUACGUUUGCCUGAUAUAAAUUUUACUAAUAUUUUUACUAAUUCUUAUGAUGGUCGUACGCCAAGAUCGUCUUAAAAUAAUACCUUUUUAAACCGGAUGGUAUACAAUGCUCUUUAUUUCGAAAACGAGCACGGUUACGCCCAUUUUUGGCCAAAGUUGGUCUUUGUAUGCUUGUUAAAAAGCCUCACUGCAUGGCAAGUUUUUU